UACACAGAGGGGGAUGAGCUCUUGAUAUCUUUCUUUUCUCACAUCCUGUGGGCCUCUUGCCUGGCUUCGUUUGUCCCCACCUCCUAGCAAACUUUAGUCCCCACUGCCUAGUUUCAUUUGGUCCCCACAGCUUGUGUUCUUUUGGGCCGUGUCACCUGAUUUCCCUAGACACUGCUGCCUGAUUUCUUUUGUUGGCACUGUCCGCUUUCCCUAGUCCCUAUUACCUGGCUUUAUGGGAUUGCCCUACCUGGUUUCCUUACAUUCUGUCCUGCUGUCCGGCUCCCCUGCCAGGCUUCUUUGGAGCCUAUCAUGCUCCCUUUAGGAUAGGGCAUCAGGACCCAAACUACACCUGGAGUGAUGGCUGCUCCUGUCCCAUGGGCCUGCUGUGCUGUGCUCGCUGCUGCUGCCGCCGUUGUCUACGCCCAGAGACACAGUCCUCAGGAAGCACCCCACGUGCAGUAUGAGCGCCUCGGUUCUGAUGUGACUCUGCCAUGUGGGACAGCAAACUGGGAUGCAGCAGUGACAUGGAGGGUAAAUGGGACAGACCUGGCCCCUGACCUGCUCAAUGGCUCUCAGCUUGUGCUCCAUGGCUUGGAACUGGGCCAUAGCGGCCUCUAUGCCUGCUUCCACCGUGACUCUUGGCACCUGCGCCACCAAGUCCUCCUACAUGUGGGCUUGCCGCCGCGGGAGCCUGUGCUCAGCUGCCGUUCCAACACUUACCCCAAGGGCUUCUACUGCAGCUGGCAUCUGCCCACCCCCACCUACAUCCCCAACACCUUCAAUGUGACCGUGCUGCACGGCUCCAAAAUUAUGGUCUGUGAGAAGGACCCAGCCCUCAAGAACCGCUGCCACAUCCGCUACAUGCACCUGUUCUCCACCAUCAAGUACAAGGUCUCGAUAAGCGUCAGCAAUGCCCUGGGCCACAACGCCACAGCUAUCACCUUCGAUGAGUUCACCAUUGUGAAGCCUGACCCUCCAGAAAAUGUGGUAGCCCGACCAGUACCCAGCAACCCUCGCCGGCUAGAGGUGACUUGGCAGACCCCUUCGACCUGGCCUGACCCUGAGUCCUUUCCUCUCAAGUUCUUUCUGCGCUACCGACCCCUCAUCCUGGACCAGUGGCAGCAUGUAGAGCUGUCAGAUGGCACAACGCACACCAUCACAGAUGCCUAUGCCGGGAAGGAGUACAUCAUCCAGGUGGCGGCCAAGGACAAUGAGAUUGGGACGUGGAGUGACUGGAGCGUGGCCGCUCAUGCCACACCUUGGACUGAGGAGCCACGACACCUCACCACGGAGGCCCAGGCCCCGGAGACCACGACCAGCACCACCAGCUCACUGGCACCCCCACCCACCACGAAGAUUUGUGACCCUGGGGAGCUGGGCAGCAGUGGAGGACCCUCGGCACCCUUCUUGAUCAGUGUCCCCGUAACUCUGGCCCUGGCUGCUGCUGCCACCACUGCCAACAGUCUCCUGAUCUGAGCCCGGCAUCCCGUGAGGACACGCCAGCGCACCUGCAGAGGAGCAGGAGGCCGGAGCUGAGCCCGCAGACCCCAGUUUCUAUUUUGCACACGGGCAGGAGGACCUUCUGCAUUCUCUUCAAACAUAAUUUGUAGAGACCCCGGCAGGCCCGGGCUUGCCGCCCCCUAGCCCUGCCACACCGCACUGGCCCUCCUCCCUCCCUCAGGAGUGGAGGACCCUGCAGCCAACCCACCCACCAAAGACCCCCCCACCCCCACCCUGGCCCCUUGGGCUGG